UUGGUGUCCUUAAGGACUGCUCACAUAAUUGUUAAUACUUUAUUAAAGGGAUUAUUGAUGCUUAACAGUGCAUUAAGUACCGUUGAUAAAGGUACCCUUAUUGUAAGGUUGUUACCAAAGUAUAAUUCAUGUCUAAAACAACAAACCUUCAGUAGAAAAAGCAUACCUGCGUUACAUUGAUCUGUAGCUUAUGCCACUUCCCUUUUCUCUCCUCUUUUUUUGUUUAUUUGCAAUUUGUGGCUCUCCCAUUUCACCACAUGCAUGCCGGAUGCUAAAUAAAUACAUAGAAAAAAUACACAAAAUUAAAGAAAAUGCUUAAAAAAAGAAGAUUCUGUGAAUUAGAUGAAUCAGACAAAAAAUAAAACGACGUUUUUUAAAAGAAUGGGUUGGAAAAGGUCCUCAUGAAGAACUCUGUUGAGAGAUAAUAGCGGAAAAAGCUAAGUAGGAGUAAAACUAAUGGAUCACAGUGUUAAACAAAGGAGAUGAUAGUAAUAAACCAGGGUGGGAGGUUGAAUAUGGCGCAUGACAGUAAUAAAAAACAAAAGAAAGAAGAACACGUAAACCAUGGCUCAGCCACCACAUUGAACCUGCCUGAAAUUCCCCACAACUCAGGCUGCAGGAGGAUUCUUAUGAAGGUCAGAACAGAAGAUGUGAAAAUUAGAUUUGUGUAAAAAACACUAAAUAUUAAGAGGGAAAUAAAACUUUUCUGGGAGUUGGAUUUCUGGUCCAAGUCCAACGUAAAAGCCAGUUUAUGUGCUUAAUAUGUGACAAGGUUUGAACUGCAGAAAAACUAAUAUUUUUUCUGUUUUGUUCUAUGGUUAAUUCCAUUUGCUUUGAACAUGUAAUGACCAAACUCAGCUGACAGCAGGGAACCCAUCACCUGUUGACGCCUGCAGCAGCUAUGAGCGGAGGUUUUAAUUCCUGGAAACACCGUAAAUGCGUAAUAACGCUGCACAUAUCUACAGAAGUGCAGCGUCCCUCUGAGGUGCGUCUGUGUUGCGCGGAUGUGCGCUCUUCAACACCUGCUGCGCGCAGGCAGGAGUUUGGAGGAGAGCGGAUUUGUGACAGGCUGUCUCUUUAGUCUGCUCGCUGUUUUCUGAAGACAGGCGGUGAGUCGUGAGGCUUUCUACCCGGACAGGACAGACAUCCGAGAUGGAAGUCAUGUCAACCAAUGGGAGCUCAGACACACUCUACAGGUCAGAGGUCGCUGCCACCAAUGGCACCUGCUGCCUUAAACAGCGGUCUGUCACGGCUUCUGUCAUCUCCAUGACUGUAGGCAUCUUGUCCAACGGCGUUGCUCUUGUCAUUCUGGUCAAAUCCUACCAGCGGCUCCGCAUUAAGUCCAAGGCGUCCUUCCUGCUGUUCGCCAGCAGCCUGGUGGUCACAGACCUGCUGGGUCACCUCAUCAAUGGCUCCUUGGUGCUUUACGUCUACCGCUUUCACAGGAAGUGGGAGACUUUUGACCCCCAUGGCAUCGUGUGCAGCAUCUUUGGAGCAUGCAUGGUGUUCUAUGGUCUCAGCCCCUUGCUCCUGUCUAGUGCCAUGGCUGUGGAGCGCUUUAUCGGAGUCACCAAGCCCAUCUUCCACUCAACAGUGUUGACCUCCCAUCACGUUAAGAGGCUGCUGGGGCUCACCUGGCUGCUGGCCGCCCUGGUGGCUUUACUGCCCAUGCUGGUGCAGAGACCUUAUGAGGUUCAGAGCUCCAGGAGCUGGUGCUUCUUCCACAUGGAGCAGCCCAAAGACUGGCUGGAUGUGCUGCUGCCGCUGAUCUUCUCUGUUCUCGGGCUGCUGGCGCUGCUGCUCUCCAUUGUGUGUAACACGCUUGCGAGUUGUGCUUUGCUGGUUGGGAGGCUGCGCAACAAGCAGCGCUGCAGAGGCACCUCUUACCACAUCGAGAUGAUCUGUCAGCUCCUGGCUAUCAUGUUGGUGUCCUGUGUGUGCUGGGGUCCAUUACUGAUCCAUGUCACUGUUCUGAGCGCCAAAGCCAACGGUGAAUCUACGCGUUUCCGUCUGCUGACGACGGUACGCAUGGCAACGUGGAACCAGAUCCUGGACCCCUGGGUGUACAUCCUCCUGAGGAAGGCUGUUCUGAAGAAAAUCUUCAUGUUGUUUCACAGCUGCUGGGGCUCAAAGCUCCACAGCUUUCACCGCUGGCAGCGCAGCUUACUCAGUAGCUCAGUGGAGACCAGCAAGUCAGACUGCUGCCUACACAAUAGGCUGCCAGACACUGGCAUCAAAUCCAUCACCUGAGCCUUGGUUGGAUUGGAUUGAUCUGGAAAAACUUGAAAAAUCAAGACUGAGAUGUGCCAAAUAUGUCAUUGUGUCACUUUAAUAAGUUGUUCAGCAUAAACCUGCACUACUGUUGUUGCACUGCAUUUUCAGCUUUGUUCUGUGCACUAGUUGCUCCUAAAAGAUUUGUCAGAAAUUGGUACUAUUUAGAAAACACACAUAUGUGAAUUUGUCAAAUAAUAACUUUUAUGUGUAAUUAUAAGUUUAUGUGAAACACACCUUUUAGCAACUAGGAUGCCUAAUUUUUUUUAUUUACAGACCUGAUUGGUUCCUCAUCACAUGAAUCACCCAUCAGACCUUUCGAGAUAUGUUCUACAUGCAUUAUUGUUAAAGGAUUAAAUGGUAGCCUAGAAACUCACAUAGAAUAUUUGACCAUUUUUUGCAUGAGCUUGUUAAAUUUUAUGUUAAAGGCUUAAAUAAUAAAAACAUUAAAGAGCAGAUUCACUGAAAAGCAUAUUUUAUUUGUCAUUUAGAAAAUCAUCAGUCACUCUGAGUUUUUAAUGCAGGUUUUAUGAGCAUGAGUUUUUACUCGGGAAGCAAUUCUUAUUUUAUUAAACUACUUUCUUAUGAUUUCUGGCCACGUUUGGCCAAUCAGAAUUUGACACGUUUCUGAGUGUUUACCAACAUCCCUCAGAAAGCCACGCCUUCUUCAGAUACAAGAUGUUUUUAACACUGUGAAUGAGAAUGUCUUAAAACUUUUACGUAAGGUGCAUAUCAACCCCAAUAUGUAUCCCACUGUAAUGUGUAUGAGCGUAAACAAUGAUUAACUUGUUAAAUCAACCACAUACUGAUUUGUGAUUUAAAUGGAUCAUUGUAAGAACAAUACUAAUUUCAAAUUCAUUAAUUUAAGCACAGAUUAUUCAAACAUUUGUUUCAAACAUCUUGGUAAGUCAUCACACAUGGUAAUUUAAAUUAUAACUAUAAAAUCAUGGAGUCCUCACUUAUUCAGAAUGAAGAUUGUUUUCUGGCUUCUAAGCAAAGAGUGUAGGACCUUGGGACAGAGUGUGUAUUUGAAUGUUUUGUCUUCAUGGAAUGUCAACACGCGCUGAGUAGAACCUUCUGGAUUUAGAAGGCCACAUAGAAAGUGAAUUUAUGUCUGUAGAUGAAAGGUCAUUAUGUUGAUCAAUACAUAGGUGAAAAUUGAACUUUUUGGAUGUUACUUCACACUGUAACUCAUCCAUCAUGGCUCAUGACGGGGAAGGCUGUUGUUGUUUUAGCGUCCAGGAGAGAGCAGAGCACGACGCUAGUAGAACCAUUAGCAUUAGCACCUCCACCCCAUAGCAGAACUCCUUCAGGCUUGAGUUAUAUGUGGAGAUAAAACAUCAACAUUGCAAAGCAAACAGACCCAGGGGUAGACCUGUUUUGCUGAUAGCCAAUCCAAGGUGAGAUGUCCAAAUAUCAGAAAAUAGGGUGCCAAGUCCUGCCGUCUGCUG